AGUCUAGCACCGACUUUUAUUCUGCGACGUUUUAUGUUUGUAUUGAACUGCACAUUUUAGCUCCCAACUGUUUUAUGUUUGUUUUGAGUGUUUCCCGUGUUACGUGCACUUCAGACCAGGACGCACAAGAUAUUGAUGCCGCAUAAACCAAAAUCCAAACCAUUUUUGGUGCUCCCUCUGCUAGAAUCAGAUCUGUUAGAACGGACUUCCUCAAACCUCCUGGACAUGCCUACCAAAAACCCAGGUCUGCACCUUUUUACAAAAACUUUUCCCUCUCAUAAGAAACGAAAAGACUCAGAUGAGAAUAAAAGACCACUUACGGCAACUUUAGAGAAACCGACUAUUUUAGACAUACGACUUAUAGGAAAAAUCGAUAUGAGUAAAAUAAGGAAGGAAUUUUUAAAUAUUUCGAACUUAUGUCGUUUACCAAUCCUUUUAAAGAAAUCUAAGAAUUCAAAACCACAUAGACCUUUGAGUCUUCCACCACCAGCUAUAGAAAAGAAGAAGAAAGCAAAAGAUUCGGAUGACUUAAGUAUCUUAAGUAUGGGCGAGGAAGAAGAGAGCACGCAAAGUGUCAGAGUGACAGGAAGGCAUGCGUCAAAAUUAAAAAGUAUUACUGGAAAACGGACUGUGAAGACCUGUGAUGAUAAUAAUAAUAAUAGCAGUAAGACUAUAAGGAUACCUCGUAGAUGUCCAGCAGCACUCCCUAGCGACAAUAAGCCGAUAGGAAGUGCUGCUAGCGAUACGAAAUCGACCAAACAACUACCGCAACCUUGUAACUCCUGUGGAAGGUCCGACCAACCUGAGCGAUUACACAGUCAUCCCGUUACUCCAAUAACAGCCAAUUCUCCAAAACUACUAGUUAAAGCAACAGUGCAAAAACCGGUACCUUUAAAAUAUAAAUCAUCGAAAUCGAAGAAAGAAACAUCGAAGAAAUCUCCAUCACCUACACGAAAAUCAUCAAUUCCUUCUCAAAACAUUGUCCAUUCCAACCCAUCUUCAGCGAAUAUGCUUGCGGCCAAACGACUAGAAAUAAUGAAGAAGAUGCAGGAAGGCAGCGAUAGCAGUAGAGCUAGUUCAGGGAAACGAACGCUCACCUGCUACAUCUGUGGGAGGGAAUAUGGAACUGCUUCGUUAAAGUUGCAUGAACCUAAAUGUUUAGAGAAAUGGGAAAGAGAAAAUUCAAGUUUACCCGAACAUUUACGCAGAAAAGUGCCUAUUCGACCAUCUGGAGCAGUAUCAACAGAAGAAUGGAAUGAACUAGCGUGGGAAGCAUCUCAAGCCAACCUGGUUCCGUGUCCAAACUGCGGAAGAACAUUUUAUCCUGACAGGCUAGUUGUCCAUCAAAGAAGUUGCAAACAGUUACCUCACUCAGAAUCUAAAAAUUCCAACCAAUCCCUUACGAAUGUCGUAUUACCACCAAACACAGUCAUGCCUCCUAACCGACCAUCUAGUGGUCUACAAGGUCCACCUACUGCUGAAUGUUCUAUAUGCGGAAAGAAGUUCGGAAUUCACUCUUUAAAAGUCCACGAGAAAAAAUGCUACAAACAAUGGGUGGAAGGAAACCAUUCGUCAGAGAAAACUCCACCUCCAGCAAAAAUCAAGACUUCUCCAGGGAAAAAAAUAGAAGACACUACCAAUAGCACUAUUUCAACACCCGCACAUGACAGUCCUGUUUCAUCCAGAACAUCACCAUUAUUUCCCUGCUACAUUUGUAAUGAACUCUUUGAUGUGAACUCGAUUUAUAAACAUGAACCCCAAUGUUUAAAAAAGUGGAAAGCAGAGAACGAUAAACUGCCCAAACACAAAAGAAAACAACAGCCUCUUAAACCCGAUAUCAAGUUUACACCAUCUGGAGGAGUGGACUAUGUUGGAACAUUUAACCGAAUAUGGGAAAAUCAUCUAGCAGAGUUGGUAGAGUGUCCAAGAUGCGGCAGAAGAUUUUUCCCGGACCGCAUUGAGGUGCACAUAAAAUCGUGUGCUGGGCUUAAACUUCAAGUCAAGGACACAAAGAAAUCAUAAUUUUAUACAUUGUACACAAUUUGAUAAUAAUUUUUAAUUAAAAUCUAAAUUCACGUGUUUUUUUACG